UCUUGCAUGACAGUACAGUAGGCUAGUCCAACUUAUAACCAUACAAAUGAAUGACAUGUCCUAUGCUACAACUUCCCACUUAAAAACCUACAGCCAAAUUAUUAAAUUACAUUACAUUGAACUGCAUUCAAAUAAAGACCAACACUGAAAAGGUUUUCAUGAUCACGUGAGCUGAUGAAUCGGGACAAGAUCGAGGUUGGACUUCUAAUCUUCUAUCUUUAUUGUCUUGCAUGUUACACUGUGACACAGUCCAUUACUCGUCAGGAAUCCCCUUCUCUCGUUUACUUGCCAAUUUGAAUCAUCUAGGCGGAUUCUGCAUGGUAUAGUGAGGCAACACACACUUUUCAGAAUCGUUUGAAGCCGCGUCAGUCAUUUUGUGAUGACCUGAGGAUAACUACAAAGCGGUAUUGUAAUCUUCCCUUUCGCCAGCCAUCCACUGGCCGGGCUUCCGUUUGUUGGAGAAGUUGUGUGCCCGUGAGCCGAUUCACACAAAUCCUUCGUCUGAUGUCAGCGUGUGGCUUUAGCCAAUCGAGCUCGUCGUGACGCUGCAGUGGGCUGGACCUCAGCUUGCAUUCAUAAACGGAUGUGAUAGUUAAGUGUUGAAUGUACUGUACAGAUAUAGACAGAACUUGAACCAUGGCGGAAGAAGACGACACGAGAAUUCGGAUUUUACAAAGCCUACGGGGAAAGAUCUGUGAAGCGAAGAACUUGGGCCCGGGCUCAGGGCCGACGCGACUCCGCGACGUCUCCACCUUCUGCACCAUCAGUCUGGACCAAGAGGAGGUGUUCCGCACAAAAGUGUUCGAGAAAACCUUAAGAAUGUCAAGCCCGUUCUAUGGAGAGGACUUUUACUUUGAAAUCCCUCGGCCAUUUCAGUGUCUGUCCUUCUAUGUUUACUUCAAGAGCGUUUUUCAAAGGGAUCUGCCAGUAGGUAAAGUGUCGAUAAGGAAAGAAGAUCUCAGUAAGAUCAGUGGCAAGGAGAACUGGUUCACCCUGCAGCCCGUGGAUCCCAACUCCCAGGUCCAGGGGAAGGUGCAUUUGGAGAUGAAGCUGAAUGAGCUUAUCACUGAGAACGGUUCACUCGCUCAGCAGCUGUCAGUUCGCAGUAUCGCGUGUCAGGGCCUGCCCCUGAUCAGUGGGCAGAACUGCGACCCAUAUGCCACCGUCACCCUCGUCGGCCCCGCCAGGUCUGACCAGAAGAAAACGAAAGUGAAGAAGAAAACAAGUGACCCCCAGUUUGAGGAGACAUUUUACUUUGAGGUCACUCGCUCCAGCAACUACAAGAAGUCUCAGUUCCAGGUGGAAGAGGAGGACAUUGAGAAGUUGGCAAUCAAGGUGGAUUUGUGGAACAAUGGGAAUCUGGCACAGGACGUGUUUCUGGGGGAGACACGAGUGUCACUGAAGAUCCUAAAAAAUGACCACAUUCAUCGAGCAUGGUACCUGCUCCUGCCCAAGGGGAACGGAAACAAGACCAAGGUCGACGACCUGGGCUCCCUGCGGCUCAAUGUCACCUACACGGAGGACACGGUGCUGCCCUCUGCCUGCUACGCCCAAAUGCGCGCCCUGCUGCUCAAAUCACCCGAAACAAAGCCCAUCUCUGCGUCGUCGGCUCAUAUCCUGGGUGAUGUUUGUCGUGAUCAGAAUGAGGCCAUGCUGCCAGUGGUCCGCCUGCUGCUGCAUCACAACCGCUUGCUACCCUUUGUGUCGGCCAUUGCCGAGCUAGAGCUGGAACACACACAGGAAGCCAACACCAUUUUUCGGGGGAAUACUCUGGCCACGCGCUGCAUCGAUGACAUGAUGAAGAUUGUGGGGCGGAGCUACCUAAUGGUCACUCUGAAGCAAGUGCUGGACGAGAUUUGUGACUCCAAUAAGUCAUGCGAGAUUGAUCCCAUCAAGUUAAAAGAGGGGGACAAUGUGGAAGCCAAUAAGGAGAACCUCCAGGGUUAUGUACAGAAGGUGUUCUCCUCCAUCACCCAGUCAAGUGCCAGCUGCCCCCCUUUAAUGUGUGACGUCUUCAGGUCCCUCCGGCAGAUGGCAUCCAAACGCUUCCCUGCGGACCCUCAUGUUCAGUACUCUGCGGUCAGUAGCUUUGUGUUCCUGCGGUUCUUCGCCGUGGCCGUUCUCACUCCACACACGUUUCAGCUGCGUCCUCAUCACCCAGAUCCUGAGAUCUCACGUACGCUGACCCUCAUCUCCAAGACCAUCCAGACACUGGGCAGCUGGGGAAGCCUGUCCAAAAACAAGCUGUCCAGCUUCAAGGAGACCUACAUGUACGACUUCUUCAAAUCAUUCCAAGAGGAUAAAUGUAUAGAGAAAGUCAAAAAGUUCCUAGAUGACAUAUCCUCCAAUGUGAGCAAAGAGUCCAGUGGACUGGCGGACUCGCUGGUCCUUAAAGAAGGGGAAGUGCACAAGCGAGCACAGGGAAGGAAGCGCCUCGGAAAGAAGAACUUCAAGAAGCGCUGGCUCCGCGUGACCAACCGGGAGCUGUCCUAUCACAAGCACCGAGGGAAGGAUGCCUUGUUUGUGAUUCCUGUUAAGAGCAUCCUGGGAGUGGAAAAGCUGGAUGAGAGUGCCUUCAACCGCAAAAAUAUGUUUCAGGUGAUCCACGUUGAGAAGCCUCUGUACGUGCAGGCAGGGAACUGUGUGGAGGCCAGCGAGUGGAUCGAGGUGCUCAGCCAGGUGAGCCGCUGCAACCCGGGCCGCCUGGGCACCUACCACCCCUCCGCCUACCUCAUGGGAGCCUGGCUGUGCUGCCACAACUCCUUCGAGACCCAGCCCGGCUGCAAGCCCUGCACCAUGAGCAUGCCGGUCAACAUCCAGCUGGACAUCGACUGUGACCGCGAGACUGAGAGGAUCUUCUCCAUGUUCUCGUCCAACCUCACCAAGCUGCAGAAAAUGGAAGAUGCCUGUGCCAGCCUGUCUGUGUACCUGGGUCAGCAGAAGGAGCAGGAGGAGUACUCCCUCUUCACCAUCCAGGACCCUAGGGAGACGUUUGGCACCAUCCAGCACGUCCGCGCGGUGCUAGAGGAGCUGCAGGCUCACCACGACACACACGGAGCCCUCGCCGACGAGCCCGGCUCCAUGGAAAAUCCUAUAGUGGGGAAGACCUCCUAACUGUGGACAGUAAGAGAUUACAUCCACAGCAGCAGGGGAGGCUGUUUGCCCACACAGAGACAUGUUGGAGUUAUGGCAAGGGGAAUACAGUGAGGACCGCAUCGCCUCAACUCACUUUGCCUCGUCUGCCUCCCCACAGCCUUCGCCAAGCCUUGGCCAAUCAGCGGAGGCCUUGCUGACCAGCUGACCUCUCAUUAAGGGCUUGGCUCGGUUGAGGAUUUUUAUUUUCCCUCCCAUUUUAAGACGAUUGAACAACCUAAAACGUUUCCCACUAGUGCCUCGGUCCAGCUAUCAAUGGCCAACCCUCUCAUGAGAGACAAUCCUCCUGGGGCGAAGACAAAUCUGUUGGUUUUCGAAGACAUCAUAUGUGCUGUGAACAUGAGGGAGAAAAAAAAAACAAGAAACAAAACGAAAAAAAAAAAAACAAGAAUGACAGACAUCACAUGGUCGGUCUGUGUGAUGAAGGCUGCUAAAUCUCACCUCUUUUUAUUUUUCUUUGGUUUGUCUUUUUGGAAAUCUCAUUUUCUGAGCAAUCAUCGAGACCUCUGGUCUCUCCUUGUUUGGGCCUUGGUAUCUCACAUACUGCACUUGGAGAGAGCAUUCCUCCAUACCAGCCAUUCCUCUGCCCCAACACUUUCUCUCUCCCUCUUACAGUCACUCUAUCUCUAUACACUUUCCUUUUUCUCUCUAUCCAUCCCUGCCUAUCUUUCUGUAUUUCUCUAUGUCUGUCUGUCUCUCUCUCUUUCUUUCUAUUCUCUUUAUCUACAUCUGUCUUUACUCUCUUCUCCCCCCUGCCCUUCUCUCUCUCUCUCUCUCUCUCUCUCUCUCUCUCUCUCUCUCUCUCUCUCUCUCUCUCUCUCUCUCUCUCCCUCUCUCUCCCCCCUGUUCUGUUCUUUGUUUGAGAGGAUGGCGUUGAUCUGCCUUAAGUUCUGGUUGGAUGUAUUCUCCUCCUCCAGCCUCCACUGGCUUAGGGAAUUAUGCUCAAGCACUUUAGACAUUUGGAACGUUCCAGAUGGAAUCAUUUAGAUACAUGGUAUCAACCUGCUCCCUCUACGGAUCAGUUUAAUGAUCAUCAGUCCCUUGUGUAAGUCUUGUAUGAUAACAUUUGUACGUUUGUAGAUUUUUUUUUAAAAGAAAAGAUUAGCUAUUUUUCUUAUGCCAAAGAAGACCAUUUCGUAGGGUUGACAACUUGAGAAAGAGUUUUAAGUGUAUUUUAAAUACAGACAUUCUGAAGAAAAAAAGGAAUAUUAUCUAUGUCCAGCUGUGUGUUCUAAUGUUUUUUUUGUUUGUUUUGUCCUUUUCAUUGAAUUUUUUUUUUUGUUCAGUGAACUGUCAUUCAUUGGCCUUCACGUCAAAUCAUGUUUUUUUUUCUUGUUAGUUUUUUAAGAAUGGCUUCAAAACUUUCCUUUUACACUCCUAGCAAAAGACGGUGUGGUAUGAGGACAGCACAUGACACUCCUCAGUAGAUAGUACUGUGAUGUCAUAACCCUGUCAAUCAUGCAUUUUUUAGGGUUCUGAUUGGUCCCAUUGUUUGUCGAUCUUUGCUUAGGUCAUCCCUUCUGGUAUGACUGACCUGUGCAACCUGCAUAUAAAUUCACUGUGUUAGGACAGAUUUUUCAAAUCAAAUCUAAACUGGCAGACAGUUGAAUCCAUGCGUGUUUGCCUCUUUAAAAAAAAAAAAAAAAAAAAGAAACAGUGUCUGUCGUUGUAUAAAGUCUUUAUUCUUUUUGAUAAUUUCGUCCGCAACCAUCAACUGGUUAAUGGCCGUUGCAUGAACGCAUAUCAAAGUGGAAUAAGAAAUGUACUACACCAUAGCACAGGGUUUAUCAUGCAUCUUAAUGUCUUUGCUUGAGGGAAGCAACGGUCUGGUCCAUCAUAUAUUUCUGUGUGCUUCAUUGUAUUUAAAGUUUUUUUUUUUUGUUUUGUUUUUGUUUUUUUUGUUUUUUAGAUGUCUUAUUUUUUUCCUUCCUUUUUAGCAGACCUGUAAUUAUGUUUUAACACACACUGUGAGCUGAUCACUUUGUAAACUGUUUUGCUUUGAUGGUACCUUUUUUAAGUGAAUAAAUAAUUUUAACACUC